GAUAAAGGGGCGACAGAAGGAUGACGUCAAGAACGAUUACUCCUUCUCUGGCAAGUCGAGCUGUUUGCAGCAGCUCUAGUUGGACUGUUUUGGACAUAAUAGUGUGAACGGCGUUAAAAAGUGCUUCGGGGAACCAUGAAACCGCUGAUGGAUUGUUGCACUGGAAUUUAUGGAGGAAAAACAGACAGCAAGAGUCUUUGCGACGUUUACGUGCUCCACCGGGCCUUGCAAUCAUGGGCUCCAUCAACGGGGUCAUCACCAUCAUCAAAUAUCAAAUGCCGCGCGUUAAAGAUGUUUGGACACUGGGUGGUGUACUUUAUCUACUGUGAUGGAAAGGUACUGCAAUGUGAAGCGGCAGAGGACCCCAUGUCCAAGCAACUUUACGGGGAUGCCAAGAUGGUACCUUUCAUCGAUGUGGAACCAUUCAUCAAGGAUAUGGAGCUGGUGAAGAAGGAUGCAGAUGUCCCACCGGAACGCAUAAGAGAAGAAGUGGACAAACUCAACAUGGGCAGUUCCCGUUACCAUUUCGUCACAAACAACUGCCAGAUGUGGGUUAAAGCAGUCCUUAAAAUCGCAGAUGUUAAACUUAAUGACAUGGACCUGAACCAGAUCCCGAAAGUAAUUGGAUCGGCGACCGAAUUUGUGUUCAAGUCGUCGAGAAAGUGCUGCUCCAAGUAAGAAACAACGCUCAGCUCUUCGAAGCUAAAAUGUCCCAUUCCUUGGUGUUAACGGGCUGGUUCAUUAAAAGACAAUUAAAUGACAA